AGCAGGCCUGGCGCCCGAUGCAGUUCUGCGGUGCAGCAGCGUUCAAACGUCCAGCCCAGGGCUUGGCGGGCUCCGGCUGAUGCAGAACUCCGCAGGGACCUUGGCUGUGUGUGGAGUGGGCCCGGCUUUGUUCUAUCUGUGGAAAUAAUUCACACCUCAGUGGAACAGCAGCUUGCCGAAGGCAGUGAGUGGGUUUCGCUGAAGAGAGGGAACAGGCAAGGUUCUGUGACGCUGGGAGGUGAGGAGAGAGAGAGAGAUAGAGGGAGAGAGAGAGAGACCUGGACCAGGUGGUGUUGUGUUGGUGGGUUUGGUGGCUUCUCGGUGAGCAACAAUGGCGUGUGUGGAAGAACCAAGGAACCUGCCGGCUUCCCUGAGCAACUUCCAGUCCACGCUGAAGGACCGGGAAGAUAACUUCAUAGCCUUGCGGAAGCUGGAAUCCCCGGGGUCUCGCACCCCCGGAGGGACCCCCGAACAGGACCUGUCGCCCACUCAGUGCGUGAUGCAGAACGUCCUGUCUCCCGAGGGCGGGGGUCACAGCCCCAACGCCAUGACGGAUGUCAGCGAGGACGCCCGCGAGCACUUCUCCAACAGCGUGCUCCAGCUGCACGAGAACGAGGGGGGCAAUGUGGCGGGGGCUUCCGGGAGCGAGGGGGCCGGGGGGGAGUGCAGGCGGGACGCCAGGCGGCUGGACCACGUGAGGAUACAAUGCACGCAGUCCGGAGGGGGCUUCCUGGAUGGGCUGUUCGGCUGCCUGAAGCCCGUGUGGUACAUCAUCGGCAAGGCUUACUCCACCGAACACAAGCUCCAUCACGAAGAAUCCUGGGAGGUGCCGUUUGAGGAGAUCUCGGACCUGCAGUGGGUGGGCAGUGGGGCCCAGGGUGCUGUCUUCCUCGGCAAGUUUCACGGGGAGGAGGUGGCCGUCAAGAAAGUGCGGGAUAUGAAAGAGACUGACAUCAAACACCUGCGGAAACUCAAACACCCGAACAUCAUCACCUUCAAGGGUGUGUGUACCCAGGCCCCGUGUUACUGUAUCAUUAUGGAGUAUUGCGCCCAAGGGCAGCUGUACGAGGUGCUGAGGGCCGGCAGGAAAGUCUCCCCUACGCUGCUAGUGGAGUGGUCCAUGGGCAUUGCCGGGGGCAUGAACUAUCUGCAUCUCCACAAAAUCAUCCACCGUGACCUGAAGUCACCAAAUAUGCUCAUCACCUAUGAUGAUCUGGUGAAAAUCUCUGACUUCGGGACGUCCAAGGAACUGAACGACAAAAGCACCAAAAUGUCCUUUGCCGGCACCGUGGCCUGGAUGGCCCCUGAGGUCAUUCGCAAUGAGCCUGUGUCUGAGAAAGUGGAUAUAUGGUCCUUUGGUGUGGUGCUGUGGGAGCUGUUGACGGGAGAAAUUCCCUACAAGGACGUUGACUCGUCAGCCAUUAUCUGGGGCGUCGGGAGCAACAGCCUCCACCUCCCUGUGCCCUCCGGUUGUCCGGACGGAUUCAAGCUCCUUCUCAAGCAGUGCUGGAACGGGAAACCCAGGAACCGUCCAUCUUUCCGGCAGAUCCUCCUCCACCUGGACAUCGCGGCGGCUGACGUGCUGGGCACUCCCCAGGAGACUUACUUCCAGUCUCAGGUGGAGUGGCGGGAGGAGGUGAAGCAACAUUUCGAGAAGAUUAAGAGUGAGGGGACCUGCAUUCACCGCCUGGACGAGGAACUGGUCAGACGACGGCGAGAGGAACUCAGGCACGCGCUGGAUAUCAGGGAACAUUACGAGCGGAAACUGGAGCGAGCCAAUAACCUGUACAUGGAACUAAACUCGGUGAUGCUACAGCUGGAGCUGAAGGAGAAGGAGCUGAUCAGGCGGGAGCAAGCCCUGGACACCAGCUAUCCUGGAAUCUUCCGGCUACACCCGGUGCGGCCCCUGGUACACGCCAACUCCGUGGAGAAGCUGCUGAAGAAAAGGAACACGUCACACAAACCGCCCGCUCACAGCAAGAGGCCUGACCUGCUGAGGUCCGAGGUCAUCCUGCCGAAGCUAGACUCCGCCGUCACCCAGGUGACGAUCCCGACCUGUCAAAAAUCCUCGGCUUCUCCCGGCAAAUCCCGGCACCGGGCGAAAUCCCGGUACAGGAAGGUGACCAACAAGGGGAGCCACGGUGACCUGAUGGGAGUGCCGAAGGUGGUGGUGGGGGCUGGCAUGGUGGGUGCGGUCAGGGACUCUCUCUCCCCGCCGCUGCACAGCCCGGCCUGUAAAGACCUGGCCACUCCUUGCUCCCAGAACCUCCGCUACUUCGGGCCCACGGCAGCCCUCCGCAGCCUCCCCCACGACCUGCUCCAGAAAAAGCUCUCCUCCUCCAGCCCGGACCUGAUCAGCAGCACCAUGGAGGCCGACAGCCGCAAGAACAACAACCGGGGAGCAGGAGGUGACGCUAACUGUAACCAGCAACCGCCUGGCCCGACUAGCCAGGACCCGCCCUGCAUCGCGCCAGGCUCCCCUCACCUCUCCAGCAGCCCCGACUCGCCCGUGGACAGGGGCAGGCUGCUGGGACGCUCGCACGGCUCACUGGCCCCGGUACAGAGACUGUACGAGGCCGGACAGGCUGAGCACGCGGCCGGGCAGAGCCAUGGGGGGCAGGGGGCUGAGCGCAAGGCCUUGGACUGUGCCUCACAGGCCUGCACCGCGCCAGGCCUGCCUGGCCAACCGGCAACACUGGGCAAACAGAAAAGGGGAAUUUCGUCAGAGGAGGAAGAGGGUGAGGUGGACAGUGAGGCCGAGUUUCCACGGAGACUGAGGCGGAACCUGUGCUUCAGCACGUGUCAGUCCUUCUCCACCUUCAGCUCAGAGAAUUUCUCGGUGUCGGACGGGGACGAGGGGAACACGAGCGACAUGUCACACAGCUGCACCCCGGACGUGCUGAGCACCAACACCGACGAGAAGCUGGACGACCGCUCGGACGACGUGCUGUCGCAGAGCUCGGAGAUCCCGGUCGACCUGCUCCUGCAGUCGGAUGGGCUGUCGGAGAAGGAGGCAGCUCUGCAGCAGGUGAAGAACCAGGUGUCCUCGGGCAGGCUGGGCUCUCAGUAUCCAGGCUGCGAGAGCUUAUCGCACUGUGAAGACUCUGACUGCGACAUCCCAGAGAUGGAACGCUCCAGUACUCCCAACACAAGUCACAAGCCUCGGAGUUCAUGCUCCUGGUAACUGUGACUCCUGGAGCCGGGCACCAGGCUGGACACACAGAUGUACAAUUCCUGUAAAUACAUGAUUUGAAACUCUCCUCUCGCCCCCCCACUCCCCACCCACCACCCCCUUUGUGAUACUGAGUGCAAUAAAACAACCCUCACAUGCUUCCAGUUCACCAACAACUGAACCCGAACCAAGGACACAACCUCCUUUGCCAUGAAAUUGCCUCAGUCUUGACUCUGAACUAUUAACUACCCGCGUAAGACCGUGGAGAGCCCGGGCACACCCGAGGGCGAAGAGGAUUCCACUUAACCCCAUGUGGGGCCUGACCGUGACACGGGCUGGUUUUACAGACAACAUACGCUGGGUUAAGCGGCGUGUGCACACGCGUGUGUUAAGAGUGCGAGCGAACGAACAAACGCCUGUGAUCAAACAUGGAACUGACAGUAGUCGGUGACAGGACUCCUGCUCUCACACCACAGUGAGACACAGCUGCUCUACAUUAAACAUUAUUAUUUCAGACAAACCGACUGGGAUCGUGUGGCUUUCUAACCAGCGGAACCUGUGAACUGCCUGUCCCCCCCCCACCACCCCCCCGAGCAGAGGUUGCUACAGCAUAGCACCCAGGAAUAUACAGAGAGGAGGGGAGCGAGGCGAACAGGGUACAAAGUGAGCAGUGAAGGUUAGUGCAGCCAGGGUUAGGAAACCGAUCGGUGGAAACUUAUCCAAGUGUUGCUCUCCCUGCAAC